UCCAAAAAAUAAAGAUGCAUAAUCAUUAUAUUAUAGAUCCCAUGAACUGAUAUGGGUAGGUUGGCCCAACAAAAUUUCAUGAUAGGUCCCUUGAACUCGGCCGUAUUAUAUAAUUUUUUUGCUUCACAUCUUCGCGUUGUUCCCUUCUGUUCGGCUUGAGAAAAACACAUUUUCUUGGAAACCCAGAAAAAAGAAAGGGGAGAGAAGAAGAAACAAACCAAACCCGAAAAUAGAAUCCAACAGAUUAAACUAUAAUAAAGCAGAGUUUAACGUAACAAGCUUUUCUAUUCACAUCUUUGAAUCAAGUUGAGAAAAGAAAAAAAGAAACAAGAAACGGUUAGCUGCGGCGGAAAUGGGGGACGCGUUUUGUUCGGACUGCAAGAGGCAGACGGAGGUGGUUUUCGAUCACUCGGCAGGCGACACUGUGUGUUCGGAGUGCGGGCUGGUAUUAGAGUCACACUCGAUCGAUGAGACAUCGGAGUGGAGAACCUUCGCCAACGAGUCGGGCGAUAACGAUCCCGUCCGUGUCGGUGGUCCCACCAACCCGCUUUUGGCAGAUGGCGGUUUAUCCACCGUUAUCGCUAAGCCUAAUGGUGCUUCCGGAGAGUUCCUCUCAUCUUCUUUGGGUCGAUGGCAGAAUCGUGGGUCAAAUCCGGAUCGGGGGUUGAUUCUCGCUUUUAAGACUAUUGCUACUAUGUCUGAUAGGUUGGGUCUUGUUGCAACCAUCAAGGAUCGAGCCAAUGAGAUAUAUAAGAAGGUAGAAGACCAGAAGUCUAGUAGGGGAAGAAAUCAGGACGCAUUGUUGGCUGCUUGCUUAUACAUUGCUUGUCGACAAGAGGACAAGCCACGCACUGUCAAGGAAAUUUGCUCCGUCGCCAAUGGAGCCACAAAGAAAGAAAUUGGCCGAGCAAAAGAGUAUAUAGUGAAACAACUGGGAUUGGAGACUGGUCAGUCUGUGGAGAUGGGAACCAUACAUGCUGGUGACUUCAUGAGGCGUUUUUGUUCCAAUCUUGGUAUGAAUAAUCAAGCAGUUAAAGCUGCCCAAGAAGCAGUUCAGAAGUCGGAGGAGUUUGAUAUAAGGCGAAGUCCAAUAUCAAUUGCAGCAGCAGUGAUUUAUAUUAUAACACAGCUUUCGGAUGAUAAGAAGCCUCUUAGAGAUAUUUCACUUGCUACUGGAGUUGCAGAAGGGACAAUCAGAAAUUCAUACAAGGAUCUUUAUCCCCAUGUGUCAAAGAUAAUGCCAAACUGGUAUGCCAAGGAAGAAGAUCUCAAGAACCUAUCCAGUCCUUGAAGUGCAGAACAAACAACAAUAGGUAUACAAGAACCCAAAAAAAAAAAAAAAACCCUCAAAAUUGGCUUUCUUUCUUUCUCUUGGAUGUUCUGACUAUUAUGUUUUUUCUUUUUCAUUUUUCCUUCAUUACUCCACCCUUACAAGUAGAGAGGAAAUGUGGACAUCCACGGUAUUUACUGAUCAAUUUUAAUUUAUGUAUGAAGUUGCAGCAAAGUUUUUCAUAUAGAAGUGUUAGCUAUCCAAAAAUUGAUAUUGUUAGCUGUAAUUUAUUCCACCAUUUCAUCCACUCUGCGGUCUCUCCAUAACUCGUGAAGAAUUGAAUAAAUUAAAAAAAAAGUGUAAAUAUAAUUCUGCUUA